CCACCGCCGCCGCCGUCACCACUAUAGUUACCGCUCCCAGCUUCAGUAACACCACGGCCAACCACACCAUCAUCAUCACUGUUAGAGCGCCAUGGCACGACUAGUUACUGCUGCCUUUGAUGUUACCAACUACCACCACUACAAGCGCGCUUAUCAUCAGCUGCUGAGAGAUCUGGAAUACAACUAGAGUUACCUACACUCACACUGAGAGGGAGAAAGAGAGUGGGAGUGGAAGAAAGAGUGUCUACUCGGCUGCUGCAUCUAACCAGCCAUCGAAGAAGCCGAGCAAGGCAACCAACCAUCCUACUGAACCACCCGUUUAUGAGCAGAGUGCUGCUGUACAAGCGUGAAAGUGCUUCCAGUCGAUUGUCCCACCACGACGAGAGGGCAUGGCCUGGUAUCGCUGGGCGGAAGGUGACACUUCAACACACCACCAGCCCCAGCAGCACCAUCAGAGCCCUAAGCAACAACAUUAUCAUCAACACCAUACUCAUCACCGCUAUAGAGCUUGCGGCUCGUUUUCAGAUGAACGAAUGCAUUACUUCGAAAAUAUCGACAAAAACACCGAUCGCUAUCACAGUCAUUGUCUCCAUCAUAACAAUCACUUUUGGCACCCACGGCGACCUCCGUUAAAGGGAACUCUAGUACUGUUCCCACCUUCGUGGGAUACCCUAACACAAUGCUGGAAAGAACUAUCUGCUCUCGGAUUCGGUCUUUCGUCUAGGAAACGCUUGAUUCUCUACUUCGUGUUCAGAGGGACCAGCUUUCGAGUGUGUUUAGGCGAUGCCAAAGCUGCUGGAUUCUUGUGUGUCUUAGGAAUCGGUCUAGGAAUCGGUUCACUUUUGAUCUACCGCUUAUUCAAGAAAUACCAAUGUUCAAAUGACUUGCCAGAUAAAUCUGACGAUGAAUGCUAUGUACGUCUGGAAUCUGUUGACAGUGUUUUUCACAAGGAAGAAAUGGGUCAUGGUUACUCAAGCCAUGACUUACCAGCCGCUCACUAUACCCCCGAUACGGGAGUUAGCUUUCUCUUAGAUUCUCGUAAAGAAAUACCAAACCAAGAAGCUGUACAUAUAUCAGAGACCCCAGUUAGGCACCGCAAGUUGGGACCAAUUACUCCUUCAAAAGACUGCUGCAAACCUGAAAAUUCUACUGUUGAUUCCGACAUGAAAUUGCUUCUGACUGAUGAAAGAUGGUUAGAAGCUGCCAGUGGUGGUGGUGGGCAUCAGUCACAGGACGAUGACUGCAGCAUUAGUUCAUGUCCACAAUCAUUCACAUCAUCGUUGGUGGGUAAUUACAGCCCACGUUCACUGAGGGAACGGAAUCUGGUGAUCGAAAACGACACUGACCGAUCAGAAAAGACCAGAAGUACAAAUAAUUCACCAAAUAAAGAAAACCCAUUACCAAAGAAUCCUCACAAUGACAAGGUUAACAUUAGUAAAAACUUGAAAGAAAGCAGUGUUUUGUUGACUCCACCAUCUGAAGAGGACUCCCCUUCCUCACCUUAUCAACCUCUAAUAAAAAAAACAAAAUUGUUAGAAGCUGAUUCUGACAAAGAGGAUGAUAGUUCCGGAAGUACAAAAAAUUAUUUGAACUAUAACAUUAGAGAGUCUCCUGAUGAUGACAAUGACAAUAGCAUCUUUAGUGAGUUAUCAUUCUCAUCAAAGAGCUUGAGUCCUCCUUCCAGACGGGACUGGAGUUUAGAUGACGAAGAAAAAGAUUUGUUGUCGCCACUAUGUCACUCAUCCAGUUUUGACCAAUUUCCACAACUCCUGCUGCGACGGUUACGUGAAUGUAAAAGUGUCUCCCCAGAAUCUAACAGAUCGAUAACAUCAGAGGAUUGUCUCAGUCCAGACAGUCAAAUAGAAGGAAUUGUCCUUGAGCGCUGUGACAGCAUCGAUUCAUCUAUAUUUGAGAUAAUUAACGAUGUACCACAACAAAUUGAAAAAGAUGAGGUUUUGCGAUUCCACGGCAUCGAGGACGAACUACAAGAUUUAAAUGAUGAAAUGGAUGACUUAAUGUCUGGUCUUUCUAAUUUAAAAUCUAAAUGUUCAGGAAUUAAUCCUGAAGCAACAGACUUACAGAGACAGAUGCUUCUAUCUGAACAAGCAUACAAUGCUUUACAGAAAGCGCGGUCCCACUGUGCAAAGAGGCCUGGGAGUUUAACUCCGGAUUCUUCAAUAGGGGACUUGCAAUCACCAGCAGAUAACUUUUUGUCUUGGGACAUGACAGAUUUCCAACUUGAUGGUUUAUCUUAUGACAAUGAAUCCAACGUGAUUGGUAUCUUAAAUGAGCAAAAUUAUGUGCCUUUUUCUGUGGACUCAGACAAUAACUUUGACUUGUCUACACUCCAACAUCCAUUCCACAGUGAUAAUCAAUACUAUUCAGUUACUGAAGGAACAGAAGAUGAUAAAAACAUCAUGAAUGUAGGUCCUCGAAAAAAUAUACAAGAGUAUGCUAAAAACCAAUGGCGUGGGGAAACUCCAGAAGCUCAAAGAUAUCUCGAAGCUUAUAAUCAAGUACAACAGACUUUCGAAUGCAACUACAUACGAGUUAUGCGUGGAGAUAACUACUGCGGAAUUCGUUCCUGUAUAGUUCAGGUGUUAAUAAACGGAAUUGCAAUGAAACAGGAAUUUGCCACAGCAGAAAUUGUAAAGAAUCUUUUAAACCAAUAUUUGGAGGAACCAGAAUGGGAACUAAAGCGGUGGUCUUUUGCCAGGCGUUUAAACUACACUGAUGUGAAAGAAAUGCUGUUCUCCUGUAUUGAUGAAUUUUAUUCACAGCAUAACUUAGCUUUAGAGAUGGACAAGACAGAGAGAGAAGACUGGGUGGAGGACCUCUUAAACAGAGAACCAAUUGUUGAUAUAAAAAUAAUGGAAGCUGCCAAAUUGCUUAUGAUGCUUGAUAUAAUUGACAUUUAUAAAAACCAACAAGCCGAAGAUUAUCCAUUGUUCGUCCAUUAUAUUUUUUCUCGGGAUACAUCUGACACUCCUGCAAAACUGUUGAAAAACAUCCUGAAUGCAGUCGGAGAUUCUGGCAGUUUAGAACAGAUUGAUAUGUGCCUCUUAGGACAUGCACUCGGUGUAAAAAUAACGGUGCCUCGUCUAUAUCGAUAUGGUAGAGAUGAUUUUAUACAUGGAUUUCCUGAUUUACUGAACCAAAAUUGGGACGAGGUGUAUCUCAUUACCGAAGACGAUAGACAUUACAACAUUAUAAUAAAAGAUAACUGAGAAGAGACAAUUCUAUGAUUACAUUUCUAAUUCUCUGUCGUUAUCUCUCUUCUCUGCUGAUGAUGAUUGAGAAGAGAAGCUAGCAUCUUGUUCAUCAGCUGGGAAUCUACUGACACACUACAUGUGGAGGCAACAGCUAUUCGCAUCAGUCAACUGUACAAGCUGCUCUACUAUAUGCUGCUAGCUGACCAGUGGAUUAAAAACAUUACUUUACCGGUUGAUUUUUGGAUGAAGAUAACAAGACCAAGCUACACGUAGACACUAUAUCGUACGUCCACCACCCAGAAAUGGAACCCACCUUAAACAAUAUGGCUGUGAAACAUUAGCUUUUAUUUAUUUAUUUAAUUUUCUUUGCAAAUUUUUUUUUUUUUUUAAUCUUUUCUGUUUAAAAUCACAACUGUGAAGAUGGAAGAAUCGGUGGAAUUGGUUUCAAGUUACAUGCAAUGCAAAGGAAAGGAGGCACCAAGCAAAGACCAUAGAAAUACCUGUUCCCCAUGUCUAUAUCUGUUAAAACUGUAGUGAACACUGUUGACAUAAAUGGUUCAGUAUCUUAUUAGAAACUUUUUUAGUUUCUGUUGCUGAAGUAUCUUGGGGAAAAGGCCAAUGUAUAGAUAAUUGGUAGAUCAUUGGUAUAAUUGAAUGCUCUUGUUGCCAGAGAUUAUAAAACUUUUUUCCUAUUUUCAAGGACCAUUUAAAUUAUGUGGCUACAAGCUUAUCACUAUUCAGUUUGGGUUACUUGUGAGGAAAUCUAUUUUAAGGACAAGAUGUAUAAAAGUUAACGCAAAAAACAUGAAUACACCUGUGCAUUUUAAAUGUUUCAUUUAAAACAGGAUUGUUUCUACUGAUCUAAGAAACACCUUCUAGAUGUCAAAUUUUGCUCGAUAUACAUAUAAUUCUUUAGAUGUCACUGUUAACCUUAUUUAUAUUUUUGAUAAUUUUUCGUAUAUAGUUGACAUCAAUUUAGUCGUAAUCAAGCAGAACCUUUAAUGGCAGGGUCCUGUUUCAUUGACAAAUGAAGAGGAUUGCACGUUAGCAAAUUUUUUAAAUGUAACGACUUUUGGUUAGAUUCUACAGCAGUGACUUUACAAUUAGUUUUGUAGUAAAUCAGAUCUUUUAU